AUGAAAUACUACACGCUUUCUAUUAUUUAUUUUCACAAGGCGCCUCCUGAACGACUGGCAAAAGCAGGACAAAAACCAGACUCAAAACAAAACAAAACUGACAAGAAAACAAAGAAUAUAAAAUUAAAGUCCCCACACAGCAUUGUGGGAUGGAAACAAAGCAGUAACAAGACUCCUUCAAAUGAAAGUCUCUCAAGAGGGCACAAGUAUGAAAAGCCCAUUGAGCGACCAGAGGAAAAUUAUGAUUGUAUUGAUCACAUCUACGAAGAAACGGGGUUUCAAAAUCCAGAUUCUGAGGAUAAUAACUACACAAAGUUGGAUAGCACAUACACAACAGUAAACCCACGACUUUAUGAAAAAUAUAUAACAGAGGCUCCUAAAGUCAAAGAGGUAAGUUCACUAACACGUACUACCAUCAAACUUAAUCACUUCCUAAGUGUGAAUGUUAGCUAAGCACGUUUUAUCCCCUAAUCCCCAUUGUAUUCCCUACGCCGCAUUUUAUCGUUCCGCAUCCGCGUUUUAACCCUGCGCUAUAUUGUUUUGUACUUACUUUUCCAUGCAUGCGAAAUGUCACCCGUUCCGCACGUUGUAACCAAUAAUCUAUUGUAGUUGUAGUUUACUAAAAAAAUUGAGUUUAAAUUAGGGUUAGGGGCUAAGGUGGCUCCAUACAGUUUCUUGAAAAGUGGAAAAGACACAUUUCAGACCAAAAAAUGUUGUACAUUAAUAUUUUUAUAGAAGAAUGAAACCAGAUGUAUAGAACAGUAUUUUGAGAAUCAGAAACUGUAAUGGAAAAGGCCGUAACUGUGGUUACUAUUAGUGCUGUCCAAACUCCGGUUUUUCAUCUCCGGCUCCGGCCACAUCAUAAAAUAUUAAAUAAAUGGUUUACGAUCAGAGAACAUUUAUUAAUAUUAUUAUGAAUAACCCUUUUCGCGCUUCCUAAUUAUCAGAUGACAUAACUCAGGAAACAAAACAGUGAAAACACUUAACCACGCAGAAAAUAUCUAUAUGGAAACCAGCCUCGAAAAAUCUUUGACACGAGGCAUGACGCGAGGCAUGACAGACUCCACAGCGCAAUUGUUCGCACGCAAACAAAGUACUCUGUCAUUUUCAAAAGGUUGAUAUUUAUUUGUUUUGUACUUUUUCGUUAUCUACAAGGCAUGAAUACACAGACUACAGUAUGUAGGGCUAAUUAAGUCAGAUGGCUUCAUGAAAGCAUGACGUUUGUAAGUUGCGAUCGUAUUACAGCUUUUCGACGCUGUUCCUGUGGGCUGUGGCAGUUUGAGUCUAUGAUGAAUUCAUUAACAGCAACUGGCAGUUUGCAGUAACUAACAAUCGUUUGACAUUUGUCUCAUUUCAUAUUGUUUUCUUGUCAUUUUGCCGGAGCUGGGAAAACGUAACUCCGGCUCCGGUAUACAAAAUUCUGCUCCGGCUCCGGCGUCGGAAAAACCGCCGGAGCUCCGGCAGAACUCCGGCAACUCCGGCGCACAGCACUAGUUACUAUGGCAACAAUGACAUUUCAAAAUGGCUGCUAAUUCGCAUUUAAACUAGUUUAAUUCGAAAACAACGUCAGUGACCCCCAAUUUUAUUUCAUUAAAAGUUUUCUUCUAGUAUGAGCAAUCAUUAGAACAAUUUUUAAAAAUUCUGUAGAUCCCUGUAGAUUCUGUAGAAUUCUGUAGAAGUUUUUUGGCACGAACGAACACGUUUUUUCGAUUUGAAAGAUUUUAAAUCUACAAGAUUUUUUAAAAACUUUUCCUAGUGAUUGCUCAUACUAGAAGAAAACUUUUAAUAAAUUGGGGGUCACCGACGUUGCUUUCGAAUUAAAAUACAGUUCUAUACAAGACAUCCGGUUUCAUUCUUCUAUAAAAAUAUAAAUGUACAAAUUUCUUUGGUUUGAAAUGUGUCUUUUCCACUAGUUUCAAGAAACUGUAUGGAGCCACCUUAAAAACCAGGUCACACUACACAACGAUAACGAUUCGAUAACUUGUAUACGCGCGUUGAUUGGCCAAAAAUUUAUCGUUAUUGUCCGACCGAAAAAAAAUCGCUCGGGUGAGCGAUUUUGAAAUCGUUAUCGUCAAACGAUAAUUUUAUCAUUUUCGUUGUAGUGUGGACACCAACAUAAUUUUUUUACCAAUCAUCGAGUGUUUACAAUUUAUCGUAUCGUUAUCGUUGUGUAGUGUGACCUAGGCUUAAGGAGUUAGGGCUUGGAUUAAGUUUAUUGCACAUGCAGUAAUUGUAAACCCAUUACAACCCAAUACUUUAUUGGAUACAAUCGCUUUACAACUACAAUAGAUUAUUGGUUACAACGUGCGUUCCGGCUGGAAAUGUUUACCUUCGCACACUUUCGAGGUCCAAACUAAACGUUUUGCAUAUAAAACAAGAAUGUUUCAUACGUUCUAUUAGCAAAAAAGAUUUGAUUUUUGAUUGACAAAGGGAGAGAAGAAACGUUUCGAAACCUAGUUUCAAAUGCACCCUUCACGGACUUUAUUUAUUAUGAGGAGAGAAUUUAUGAGGAGAGAAUUAUGAGGAGAGAAUUUUAUAUCUGUCACAUUCCUUCCGAAUCAAAUCGUUACGUGUUUAAACUAGUUAUACUAUCAAGCAAAUAUAUUAUUAUAUGUAACUUGAAAGAUAUGGCUUCCCACAUAUCUUCUGAGUUUUAGAUCGUUUUAAACACGAGAUAACGAAACUUGAGACGGUCAUAUUGGUUUGACCUCGUUAAUUAUUCACUGGCAAAUUUCGGAAGGAAUUAGAGAGGCCACUAAUACCCAAUUUCUCUCUACCAAUCACCAGAAACUUUAAGAACCUCUUCUGACAUGCCAACAACACCACAUCAAGCUUCGCCUUAUCUCUGCACAGAAAUCUCUAUACUUACUUACAGUGCGUCUAUAGUAAGUGGGGCCCACUUAGAGAACACUAACCAAUCACAUUGCAGAACAAAAAUUGAAAAAAUCAACAAACGGCGCAUUAGCCAAUCAGCAUUAGGCCAAAAACAAUUUGAACAAAUAAACGAAUGUCAAACGGUAAAAAUAGACUUGUAAAAGUAAACACUGCAGUUAAUGGCUUCCUGAAUCUUUCUCAUGUUUGAUUGGACGAGCUUUAGUUUGAUUAGAUUUUUCUUUUUGUUCUGCAAUGCGAUUGGUUAGUGUUCUCUAAGUGGCCCCACUUACUGUAGACGCACUGUAAUAUUAUUAUUUCUGUACACAGACUACCAGCCUACCAUCAAUACAGAGCAUUCCCCUACCAUCACCACCACAAACCACCAAACCACUAUUACCAAUCAAGCCACCACCACAAACUCAAGAAGACAAGCAAGCAAUAUAUGAAGCAAUUUCUCGAUUUCCUCAAGACCUAUCAGGCCUAAGUGUCGCUGACGUUAGUAGACUGCUUGGGCAUUUAAAUUUAAGUGACUACGUGCAGACAUUUGAAAAUGAAUUGAUUGAUGGAACGAUGUUGGUCAGCUUGGACCAAGAGUCGUUAGAGUCGUUGGGCGUGAAACCAUUUCAUUGUAAAAAAUUGACGGACUUUAUCGGUGGUUGGCGUCCAAGAACUUAAUGUAUGAAAAUAUGAAUUUGAUCUUGGAGUUGUUGGACAAUCUGUUUCAUUUUUCUUAUUCUCAUUGGCAUUUUAAAUAGCUAAUACUUGACUUGCCACUACUUUUGAGGACAGCUUGAAGCAGUCCCAGAAUGUAAAAAAUGAUGCAAUAUAGCUUGAUUUAUUGA